AUGCUUGAUAGCGUCGCGACAACACGCGUUGGCAAUGAUGCAGAAGGAAGUUACUUAGCCGUGUCUUCUUUAUCGGAAAGCCUGCGUGCAAGACUCAACGAAACAAUGCAGUUGUUGGUCAGCCUGGAGCAAGAGUUGGAAAAGAGUGACCUCACAAUGGACAUAUACCAAAAGUGCUGCAGACACCUGAUUGCAUACAUGGCAAGUCACAUGAACACGUCGGAGAAGUUCGUGGAGAAAAUGGAAAAAGUUAUUGAGGCGAGUUACAGCAGCUGUCAGGAGAUUGAGUUGAGGUCGUCAGUGAGUGGGAACUUAUGGGUUCAAUACAAUGGAGGCGGCAUUAUGGAGCCUGAACCGCAAUCUGCUGUUGUGCCAUCUACCCCAAGCCUUAGUAAUCCUAUCAUUAAGACCGAUACGGAGACAGGUGGAGCUGUAGUUGUCACUCCCCUUACUAUAAUGAAUGCUAGCGGUACUGGAAUGAGACAAUCCUGCUCUCCACAUGUCGAUUUAACUGUGACAACAUCGCCACCGACUGGGCAGAGUAGCAAGCGACACUUGCAGAGACUAAAGGAACCGUAUAUCAGUUCAAAGCGAGCUCGACAAACGGUGGCUCGAAAGCUAUAUGAUGCUGGAACAUCGGACCGUGACAAGAAAAAAAAAGACAGCGAAUCAGAGAAUGCGAACGAGUGUGAGGUCGAAAUUGUGACAGUAGAAUCAGAGGUGCACGAUUGUGUGCAAUCGUUGCAGAAGAGGGAACGAAAUGGUGAAAUUGAGUGGGUAUGUGAUGUCGACAGCCCAUCGAAACAAAGUGUUGCUUAUCAAAAACGCUUGAAAGCAGCUUUAAAGCUAGUUGAUGCGUUGAAUUGCUGUCCGCCUGUGGGAAUGGUGUGUUUUCAAGGCUGCUGGCAUCUUCGAGGGCGUAUGUGUGAGACACAUCGCACUUUAGGAGGCGGUGCGAUGCCAUGUCAUGAUGGAUCUUGUCGCGUAUGGCUUGAAAUCGAUAAACAUUUGGUACGCUGCCAAAAUUCUCAGUGUGACUUCAAAAAUAUGGUGGGGCUGCGUCAAACGAAGUAUGAUAUUCAACAGCAUCAAAUAAAGCUUGAGGCUACACGCCAGAAGCUUUUUGUUGUCAAAAACGCAAUGGCCACUAGUGGUUCACAUGGCAUUGGAUCUCCAAUUAGAUGUAAUAACCAGCUCAAAAAUAAAAUUGAGAGGUUAAAGGAAAAGUGUACGAAACUAGAAGACAUAAUUGUUCUUCACAAGGAUAGGGAACGAGCUUUUGCAGUCGAUCUUAAUGCGUUACGAACGCGCGCUUUUUUCGAUGGGUUUGAAUUUCAGCGCCAUUACGUGAGGAACAAAUGUGAACAAUGA